AUGUCGUCCGUUACCGAAACCUUCUUCCCCCGUCUCAAGGAAAUCCUCGACCAGGAUCCCUCAGCUGCCCAGAGGCUGAAACUGGUAUGUGGCAUAUGCCUCGAAGACAUGUCAACCAAUGAGGACAUCAUACGUGAGGUCCGUGAGGGUGUCACUCGUAUCCUUCAUACGUCUCACAAUGCGUACAUUCUCCCCUGCGGCCACAUAUUUGGCCUCCCCUGCGUGGUCAAUCUCAGGAACACUACCAAGACUGUGAGAGACCUAGAGCACCAGUGCCCUAUUUGUCGCUUUCCUUUGUACUUCGAGCCAUGCGGAUGCCUGGACAACAUAGGAGUGGUACUCAAAGUUGAGGGAGACGGGUAUCAAAAGAUGUUCGAAAGGAUCCGGAGGUUGGAUUUCCUGAACAUGUCUUGCAUCAAGUGCGAACUCGUGGGAAUCUACACCGAGAUGAUCCAGCCGAAGCUCGAAGUAUCAGGAGGCGUUGAGGUCGAACCCUCUGAGAUGCAAAUACGUGCAGAGAUUGGAAUCCCACUGGCGAUGCUGUGUUUCAAGAAGAGUGAACGGUGGGCAAUUUUCGAAGUUCAUAUUGGCAACAGACGUCAUGUGAAUCAUGAAAUUAGUGAUCGCCUACGUACUCGCCUGGAUAACUUCAUGAACGACAGGGAGGAAAGGCUCCGUGCCACGCUUCUGGAGCCUGACGAGAGUGCAGACAAAUGGGCUUCCAUAGCUAUCGAGCUCGCUCUGGCGGAUCCACCACCGGUAGGCAUGCGAGGUCGUGCAGAUGCAGUGGUGCGUAUCGGGCACCAAGUAUUCGACCAGCCUUAG